UUUCACUUCCCAAAAUAAACCUCUCUUGUUUUUUCAAAGUUUCUCUCUUAUUUUUAAAUUUGUUGAAUCAGAUUUCUAUCUUUAAUUCUUUAACUUAGAAGUUGUAAGAAUAUGGCAUCAUGAUAUGGAGAUGUUGCCAUUAUUUUUUAUAACAACCUUUAAUUACUUUAAAAAUUAACACAACUGGAACGUUUAACAUGAGCGUAUUAGAAAAAGUGAAUCAAUAAUAAUUGCUCAUGUAAUAUAUGUAAUAAAUUGUAGAUGUGAGUGUAGAAUAAUUAAUAGAGAAGGAUAAGUUAACAGAGGUAUUGUCUGAGGAAAGAUAAAAAGAGACAAUCAUGACCGUAGUAGAGAGAGAUGAUAUAUCGGGGAUGAGAGAAAUAAUAUGAUCCAAGAUACCAAAAUUUAGUGCAAUAAUGACUAUUGAAAUACCUUGGACUUUAUUUAAUCUAAUGGUAAUAAUUAGUGGUACACAUGUGAGUGAGGGAUUUAGUUGCACCCUCACCUUAGAAGUAACCAUAAAUAAGAAUCUUAAAAAUAAAAAAAAAUUCUUUGAAAUCAUUUUGUAAAUUGGGACAUUUUGGUGUUACGGUUACCCGCUUUAAAUUUGGUUUGACUGGAAAUAUUUUUCACUUUCACUAUAGUUGGUUUGGUUAACAACAAAUUCAGAAUCAAUGUCGAAAUUCUAGUACAAGAGAUGAUCAGUGCCUUGUUGGAAUGACCGGGCGUGCGCUGUUCGAUGUAAACAAAUUGAACGCUGUGCUUGAACUCGAACCAUUUUUACUGUCACUGGCAAAGAAACCAAACCCCAUAACGCUAACUCAAUGCCAUCAAAUCCAUGCAAAACUCAUAAUCACGCAAUGCAUUUCACAAACCCAUUUAGCCAACACCCUUUUGAGUUUCUACUCAAAAUCUUCCAACUUUCACCAUGCCCACCAACUGUUCAACAAAAUGCCUCACAGAAAUGUUAUCACUUGGACAACCUUAAUUUCCUCGCAUCUCAAAUAUGGGUCUGUCCCAAAAGCCUUGGAGAUGUUCAAUCAAAUGCGUGGGUCGGAUGAGAGACCCAACGAGUACACUUUUUCUGUUCUGCUUCGGGCUUGUGAUAACCGUGAUUUUUGGAGUGUGGGUUUGCAGAUUCAUGGCUUGCUUGUUCGGUAUGGUCUUGAUAGAGACAAAUUUGCUGGGAGCUCUCUUGUGUAUAUGUACUUCAAAGGAGGAAAUGAUUUAAUGGACACGUUGAAUGUUUUUAAUGGAUUGUUGGAGAGAGAUGUUGUUGCUUGGAAUGUUAUGAUUUCUGGGUUUGCUCAAGUGGGUGACUUUCGCAUGGUGCAAUGGUUAUUUUCUGAUAUGAGGGAAGUACACGGGUUGAAACCUGAUAAUAGUACCUUUGUUAGUUUACUCAAGUGUUGUUCUUUGUUGCAAGAAGUAAAGCAAAUCCAUGGGCUCAUGUACAAAUUUGGUGCUGAAAAUGAUGUGGUGGUUGAGAGUGUGAUGGUUGAUUUGUAUGCCAAAUGUGGGGAUGUGAGUUCUUGCAGGAGGAUUUUUGAUUCCAUGGAGGAGAAGGAUAAUUUUGUGUGGAGUUCAAUGAUUUCAGGAUAUACCAUGAAUAGUAGAGGAGAGGAAGCUGUGCGUUUUUUCAAGAAUAUGUGUAGACAAAGGGUGAAACUUGAUCAACAUGUGUUAUCUAGUACUUUGAAAGCCUGUGUUGAAAUAGAGGACUUGAACACUGGUGUUCAAGUGCAUGGCCUAAUGAUAAAAAACGGGCAUCAAAAUGAUUGUUUUGUGGCAAGUGUGUUGCUGACUCUCUAUGCCGGUUUUGGUGAACUAGGGGAUGUGGAAAAGUUGUUUAGAAGGAUUGAUGAUAAAGAUAUUGUAGCGUGGAACUCUAUGAUCUUGGCUCGAGCUCGGCUGGGUCAUGGAUCUAGUCAUUCUAUGCAACUAUUGCAAGAGCUUCGUCGAACAACUUUAUUGCAAAUUGAAAGUGGCACUUUGGUUGCUGUUUUGAAGUCUUGUGAGAAUGAAUCAGAUUUACUUGCAGGUAGACAACUUCAUUCACUUAUAUUUAAAUCAAGUUUGUGUCAUCAUACUUUGGUUGGCAAUGCACUAGUUCACAUGUACUCUGAGUGUAGGCUAAUCGAUGAUGCAUUUAAAGCUUUUGUUGACAUUGAAUGGAAAGAUGAUAGUUCAUGGAGUUCUAUUAUUGGAACUUACAAACAGAACGGCAUGGAAUUAGAAGCUUUAGAGUUAUGCAAAGAGAUGUUGAAUGAAGGAGUCAAUUUUACAAGUUAUAGCCUUCCACUAUGUUUUUCAGCUUGCUCACAACUUUCAGCUAUAUGUGAGGGUAAACAACUCCAUGUUCUAGCUAUCAAGUCCGGCUAUAACCGCGACGUCUACGUUGGGAGUUCCAUUAUAGACAUGUAUGCUAAAUGUGGGAACAUUGAGGAGUCAGAGAACGUUUUUAGUGAACAAUUAGAGCCAAAUGAAGUGAUUUUCAAUGCCAUGAUAUGUGGAUAUGCACAUCACGGAAAAGCAAAAGAAGCCAUAGAAGUAUUCGGUAAGUUGGAGAAGAAUGGUGUGGCCCCCAAUCAUGUAACUUUCUUAACUUUGAUGUCAGCUUGUAGCCAUGCAGGCUAUGUAGAAGAAACUUUGCAUUUCUUUACAUUGAUGUUUGACAAAUACAAGAUUAAGCCAAAAUCUGAGCAUUAUUCGUCUCUGGUCGAUGCCUAUGGUCGGGCGGGAAGAUUGGAGGAAGCUUACCAGAUAGUGCAAAAGGAUGGAAGUGAGUCAGCAUGGAGAACAUUACUUGGUGCUUGUAGGAAUCAUAAUAACACAGAAAUUGGAGAAAAAUCUGCUAUGAAAAUGAUAGAAAUGAAUCCUAGUGAUCAUGCUCCAUAUAUUCUUCUUUCAAACAUUUACAAUGGAGAGGGAAAAUGGGAAGAAGCUGUUAAAUGUAGGGAGAAAAUGGCAAAGAUUCAUGUGAAGAAAGAUCCAGGAAGUAGUUGGUUGGCUUGAGGAGCACCAAGACUCAAGGGGGAAUGUGUUCUUUAUUACCGUUUUUGGAGGGCAUUAAAGCAAAAUUUCUGAUCUUAUAUCAUUUGUUUAUAAACUUUGGAUGUUAUGGCUCUGUUCACAAGUUCACAACAUUCUUGUGAGUGUCUCAUAAAAGAUGCAAUAGAAUACAAUGGCUAUAGAUGUAAAUUCAUAUUGUUGCAUUUGGCA